AUGUCUGCUGGAUCAAGAUAUAUAACGUUUGAAGGCUCGCGGAACUUUCGCUUACGAGUAGUGAUGGCGACACUUUCUGGGAAAGCAAUCAAGAUCGAAAAGAUACGUUCUGAUGAUUUGAACCCUGGUUUGAAGGACUAUGAAGUGUCAUUUUUAAGGUUAAUGGAGGCCGUAACAAAUGGUAGUUCCAUUGAGAUAUCAUACACGGGUACUACUGUGAUUUACAGGCCAGGAAUAAUUACCGGUGGCUCAUACACACACCAGUGUCCAAAUAGCAAACCUGUGGGAUACUUCGUGGAACCAAUGUUGUAUCUAGCACCAUUUUCGAAGAAGAAGUUUUCGAUUAUGUUCCGGGGAAUAACGUCCUCUCACAACGACGCUGGUAUCGAUGGCAUCAAAUGGGGGCUUAUGCCUGUACUGGAGAAGUUUGGUGUGAGGGAAUGUGCAUUACAUACUUUGAAAAGAGGCUCACCACCAUUAGGUGGGGGUGAGGUCCAUCUUGUGGUGGAUUCUUUAAUUGCACAACCAAUUACAAUGCAUGCAUUGGACAGAACGCUGAUUUCAAGUAUAAGAGGUGUCUCAUACUCCACAAGAGUGAGUCCCUCCCUUGUAAACAGAAUGAUUGAUGGUGCCAAAAAGGUUCUAAAAUCUGUUGGGUGUGAAGUUAAUAUUACGGCAGAUGUAUGGAGAGGUGAAAAUUCAGGUAAAAGUCCUGGUUGGGGGUUGACUCUCGUAGCCGAAAACAAACAGGGUUGGAGGAUCUUUUCUGAAGCUAUAGGUGACGCUGGAGAUGUACCAGAAGAUAUAGGAGCAACUGUUGCAUACCAAUUAUUGGAAGAAAUCAGCAAGAGUGGUGUUGUCGGAAGAAAUCAAUUACCACUAGCAAUCAUAUUUAUGGUUAUCGGUAAAGAGGAUAUUGGAAGACUAAGAAUCACAAAGGAUCAGAUCGACGAAAGACUAAUCUGGUUGCUAAGAGAUAUUAAGAAUGUCUUUGGCACUGAAGUUUUCCUAAAACAGGUGGAUGAUGACAAUACUAACGACAUGAUCGCAACCAUCAAAGGUAUUGGGUUCACCAAUACAAGUAAGAAAAUUGCCUAA